AAGGUCACACUGAUUGGUGAAAGAAAGCAAAAAAAAAAAGAAAGAAAAUAAUAAUCGGGGAGAAAAGUAAACCAACGCAGAAAAAAACAGAAUACCUGCCAAGAGUGGAUCCGUUGCAUCCAGAUACCGCACCCCCAAAUGGGCAACUUUGUGAGCAGGCAAAACGCGGCGGUGGAGGAGGCUGAUCCCAGCACGAAUCAUGCCUACAAGUACCCACCGCGAAUGGGCAACUUCUUUGGCACGCACUUCAUCAUGGGCGGCGAGCGCUUCGACACUCCGCAGCCGGAGUCGUACCUGUUCGGCGAGAACGCCGAUCUGAACUUUCUGGGCAACAGACCCACCGCCUUCCCCUAUCCGCCGCCGCAGCCCAACGAGCCGACAAAGACGCUCAAGAGUCUGGUGAACAUUCGCAAGGAGUCCGUGCGCUUUGUCCGUGUGCCCAAGGACUCGAAACUGAUUGUGCCCGAGAAGCCCAAGGUCAAGGAUCGCGAGAAGGAGAUCAAGGAGCGUGUGAAGGAGUUGGAGCGGGAGAAGGAGAGGGAGAAGGACAAGGACAAGGACAAGUCGAACGUGACCAUUGAGGAUGUGGAUGGCAAUGUACUCUGCUCAAUGGGCCUGGGGAGUGGCGAUGUUGACCUGACGCCACCACCGCCGCCGCCGCCCAGCACGUACAACAUCGAGUUCACCUUCGAUUCGGACGCCAAGUGCGCCAUUACCAUCUACUACUUCUGCUCGGAGGACGUUAGUCCCAGCGGUGUGACGCUGGUGCCGCGCGAGGGCCUCACCUCCGAGACGUACCACUACGAGAAGGGCAUCAAUCAGUGCUUCUCGCAGCCGAGCCACAUCUUUAACCCCCAGCAGAUGCCCGAGGACGAGCUGGGCUACAGCCCUGGCCGCGAACAGUACCCGGUGGCCAUCCACUGUGUGGUGGAGGAGGGCAGCGACGAGUGCCGGCAGUCGCACACCACAAUAUGCGUGAUUGACCAUCAUCCGGAGAGCGGAAGCUAUGUGCUGCGUGCCCUCAAGCAGAAGAUAUUCGUCGACGGGCUGUGCUACCUGCUGCAGGAGAUCUAUGGCAUCGAGAACAAGGCGGUAAACAAGUCGUCGCUGGACGAGGAGAUCGACGACCAUGGCAGCGAGUGUGUCAUCUGCAUGAGCGAGACCAGGGACACCCUGAUACUGCCCUGCCGCCACCUCUGUCUGUGCAACUCAUGCGCGGAUUCGUUGCGCUAUCAGGCCAAUAAUUGCCCUAUUUGCCGGGCUCCCUUCCGUGCCCUCCUCCAGAUUCGGGCCGUGCAGAAGGGCAUCGCCACCCAUGUGCUGCACCAGAACACGCCCACCUCGACGGCCGGGGAGCCGGCACCGGUGGACGUGCCGCCGGGAUACAUUCCUGUCUCGCUGAUUGAGGCACUCAAUGGACCGCCGCAGUAUGUGGCCAGAGCGAGGACCAGCGAUCACGAUAUUACGGACUCGGCCGGCACUGUGGCCGCCUCUACAAUGACCAGCGGGGGCGACAUCAAGGCCACCUCCCCCAUCAAGUCCAGCAGCCAGCGAAGGCCGAAGAUCAAGAAGAACGCCUCCACAUGCACAUCGACCAGUGAGGUGGGCACCAUUACCAACCAGUCCGGUGGCGGUGGCAACGGCUCCUCCUCGGCCCUGUCCGUGGUGGAGGUCGAGAGCGAGCAGCAAAAGAAGAAGGCAAGCACGGCCACCUGCACGUCGCCUACAUUGGGUGGGGGUGCCAGUACUUCGCCGGAGCUGAAGCAGGACAAGCUGCAGAUCGUUAACGAGCGCAAGUAUCCCAGGUCCCACGGUACCGGCUCUGGUGGUGACGCCUCAGCUGGCACCGAUGACGAUGUGGACAGUGAGAACGAGAAGCUUUCGCCGCUCCUUUCGCCCGGCAGCAAAGCCAAGAACAUGUCCAGCAAAUCUCUGAAGCAAGUGGUGGCCUGCCUGGAGGCGGAUGAUGUGGACAAGAGUGUAAGCGGUGGCGGUGGAGAUGGAGUGUCCGAGGACAAGAGAAGCUCCUCGCUGAAGCGCACCAAACCGAGGCCAGAACUUGGCGGAGGAGGCGGUGGAGGAGUGGCCUCCCCCGUCGAGCCGCAGGCCGACGAUUCGGAUUAUUACACGCCCGAAGAUACUCAGAACUCCAUACUGAGUCCGCUGUGUCCCACGGAUCGAGGUGAUCCUUUGGGCGCUGCGGGCAUCGGCGGCAACGUACUGGGACUGGGCAGGAGUGUUGGCUCUGUGGGUGGAUCAGCCGGCAUUGGAGGAGGCUCCUCCGCUGGCGGUGGCGGAGGCGUCGUUGUAGGCUUCAGCAGUGCCAUGAAAAAGAACCUGCACAAAAAGUCCACCUCGGUGGGCAACAUGGUUGGCUCCGGAUCAACGACGGCCACGGUGGUGGACCUCAAGUCCAACAACGUCAGCUCGCUGCCAGAUAUGCUCGACAGCCCGAUUAGCGGCAACUCGGCGUCCACGCGCAGCUCCAGCGACAGCUACUCCUCCAGCUCGUCCACCAAGCAGCUGCUCAGCUCCAAUCCGACCGCAACGGCGGCCAACAUCAUCGUGGACGACAAGACGGCCCUGCAGAAUGCCGUGAACGUGUAGAGAGCCGGUCUCCGCUUUUUGUUUUAGCUUUGCGUUAACUCUAUUUAUUCGUAGUAUCCGUUAGCUUUAGGUUAAAUCAAUGCUGCUUCCCCCGCCCGCAGGAACAAAAACAUUAACUAUAUAUUAUACUAUAUAUUAGGAAGGUGGUGACGAUGUGCAGAGCAGAAGGACAUGAUGACGAGGAUGUGGGAUGAGCCGAACAGGACACAACACUUAACCAGUACCCAGCAGACAAAAACUUUAUGAUAUUGAAAGCGAUAGUUUUCUGCUGGGUGUACAGAAACACACACCCGUCUCUCGCAUCCAUGUGUACGUAGUCUAAUCUAGCAUAAUGGCUUGGGUAUAUAUUAUAUACAAUAUAACAAAUAAAACAAAUCAAAUAAA